ACUUUAUUUACUCUAUGGCCCCUACGCGGACGCACAGAUUUGCAAAUCACCGACAGCUUUCUAAGCUUUGAUUUUGUGUUAGUCUGAAAGUUCAAGUGAAAGCACUUAGUGCUUGAUACAAUAUUAAGUUUUUUUGUUAAAAAGUAAAAUGAGGCCAGUUUAUGUUGUUGGUGUUGGAAUGACUAAAUUCGAGAAGCCCGGGAGGAGGCCGGACUUCGACUACCCGCAGAUGGCGAAGGAGGCUGUGACCAAGGCCCUCCAAGACGCGAAGCUGCAGCUGGGCGACGUCCAGCAAGCCUGCGUGGGCUACGUGUACGGGGAUUCGACUUGUGGCCAGAGAGCGCUGUAUGAGGUUGGCAUGACUGGCAUCCCCAUCGCCAACGUGAACAACAACUGUGCCACCGGCUCGACGGCCUUGUUCCUGGCGAAGCAGAUCGUGGAGUCGGGGAACGCAGACUGCGUGCUGGCCCUGGGCUUCGAGAAGAUGGAGCGAGGGUCUCUGUCCGCCAAGUACCUGGACCGCACCAAUCCGAUGGACAAACACGUCGAACUCAUGGCUAAUGUCGCUGGAAUCAACGAGUCACCGCUCACCGCCCAGAUGUUUGGAAACGCUGGACUGGAGCACAUAUCAAAAUACGGCACAAAACCUGAACAUAUGGCGAAGAUAGCUUACAAGAAUCACAAGCAUUCAGUGAACAAUCCCAAUGCCCAGUUCCAGGAAGAGUACAGCCUGCAGCAGAUUCUGAACGCGCCGCAGAUCUUCGGUCCGUUGACCAAACUGCAGUGCUCUCCCACGUCGGACGGCUCCGCGGCGGCCAUACUGGCCUCCGCGGACUUUGUGCACGCGCACGGCCUCGAGAGCCAGGCCGUGGAGGUCCUGGGCAUGGAGAUGUCCACAGACCUGCCAACCACCUUCUCCGACAACAGCUGCAUCAAGAUGGUGGGCUACGACAUGACGAAGCACGCGGCGGACCGGCUGUUCAGGAAGACCGGGUGCUGCCCCCGCGACGUGCAGGUGGUGGAGCUGCACGACUGCUUCUCGGCCAACGAGCUCAUCACGUACGAGGCCCUCGGCCUGUGCGAGCCGGGCGGGGCGGGCGAGUUCAUCGACUCCGGCAACAACACCUACGGAGGGAGGGUCGUGGUGAACCCCAGCGGCGGGCUCAUCUCCAAGGGCCACCCCCUGGGGGCCACAGGCGUGGCGCAGUGCGCGGAGCUGUGCUGGCAGCUGCGCGGGCAGGCGGGCAAGCGCCAGGUGCCGGGAGCCAGGCUCGCACUGCAGCACAACAUCGGCCUGGGAGGAGCGGCCGUCGUCGCCCUGUACCGCCUGGGCUUCCCGCUCGCCCGCCCGCCCAGGAUCGGAGUGCAUGCGACGAAUGCAAGCAUUGAUGACGGCAACAGCUUCAAGGCUGCUAUAAUGUUCAAAGCCCUGGAAAUAGCAAUGGCAGAAGACCAAGAGAACCUGAUCGAGAAAGUGAGAGGCAUUUAUGGCUUCAAAGUACGGAACGGGCCCGGCGGAAAGGAAGGCUACUGGGUAGUCGACGCUAAGAACGGCAAAGGGUCUGUGCAGUUCAAUGGGAAAGCGAAGCCCGACGUGACGUUCGUGAUCAACGACGACGACAUCGUGGAGCUGCUGUCGGGCAAGCUGAACCCGCAGAAGGCGUUCUUCCAGGGCAAGGUGAAGAUCCAGGGCAACAUGACACUGGCCAUGAAGCUCAUCCAGCUGCAGAAGCAUGCCCAGAAGAAGAUAGAGGAGCUCCGCUCCAAGCUGUAGCGUAGCGCCAAGAAUAUCUGUCUUUGGGAAUUACAUUGUUUGCAGCUCCCACAUGUAACCAUGAGGUGAGUUUUAAUUAAUAAACUGAGCCCAUGUAGUUUUUGUUAA